AACUUCACCUUGGAAGUUUACGACCUCCAUUCAUCCUCUGUCGUAUUCAAACAGCGGUUUUUACCAUCUUACAUGAUAAAUUUCACUUUAAAAUAUCUCAAAAACUUCCUAUAAAGGCAUAUUAGUGCCGUCUGGUUAGUUGAAAGUGUUAAAAUCAAGUGUAAUUGUAAAAAAUGGCAUUAAAAUCGUCACCGGCGGUACUGGGUAUGGUAGCCAGAAUUUCACGCCGCUGUUUUUCGACCUCAAAGGCUUUGUCAGCAAAACCUGUGACUGUACGAGAUGCUCUCAACCAAGCCAUUGAUGAGGAAAUGGAAAGGGACGACAAAGUAUUCGUUUUGGGCGAAGAAGUGGCCCAAUAUGACGGCGCCUAUAAAGUAACGAGGGGCCUGUGGAAGAAAUAUGGAGACAAAAGAGUAAUAGACACGCCAAUCACAGAAAUUGGUUUUGCAGGUAUAGCGGUUGGAGCUGCUUUCCACGGCCUGAGGCCGAUCUGCGAGUUUAUGACAUUCAACUUCUCCAUGCAGGCUAUUGAUCACAUAAUAAACUCGGCCGCGAAGACGUACUACAUGUCUGCGGGGCAGGUGAAAGUUCCGAUCGUGUUCCGCGGCCCCAACGGCGCCGCAGCGGGCGUCGCGGCGCAGCAUUCGCAGUGCUUCGGCGCGUGGUUCAGCCACUGCCCCGGGCUCAAGGUCGUCAUGCCCUACACCUCUGAAGACGCCAAGGGGCUCCUGAAAACGGCCAUCCGUGAUAACGACCCGGUUGUGAUGCUGGAGAACGAGAUGCUGUACGGAGUUCCGUUCCCGAUGUCUGACGAAGCGCUCAGCAAGGACUUCGUUAUUCCCAUCGGUAAAGCAAAGAUCGAACGCGAGGGCAAACACGUAACGCUGGUGUGCGCCGGACGCGGCACCGAGACCGCGCUCAAGGCGGCCAGCGACCUGGCUGGAAAUGGUAUCGAAUGCGAGGUCAUCAACCUGCGGUCGCUGCGGCCGCUGGACUUCGACGCGAUCGCGCGCUCCGUCGCCAAGACACACCACCUCGUCACCGUCGAACAAGGAUGGCCGCAGUCGGGUGUCGGCGCGGAAAUCUGCGCCCGCGUGAUGGAGUCGGCCACAUUCUUCGAGCUGGACGCGCCGGCGUGGCGCGUGUCGGGCGCCGACGUGCCGAUGCCGUACGCCGCGUCGCUGGAGGCGCGCGCGCUGCCGGCGCCGCACGACAUCGUCCAGGCUGUUCACGCCACGCUCGGAAACCAAAUUGUCCAAAGCGCCCAGCCGUUUAAGAAAUAGAAUAAGCAGCAACAGCGAGUCUGUGAGCCAGUGAGCCAAUGAAUCUCCGCCUAUCCCCGAGUUGUAAAUACUUAAUUGUUUAAUCGUUGUCAUGCCACGCCCGCCAUUGUGAUAUUGUUUGUCAUUCAUAUGAGGAGAUUUUAGAUAACUUUAUUUAUAAAUAAAAAUAGGAAUUUUCA